UUAAAAAAAAAAGCAAGAUUUUUCAAUUAAAUACGAUUUUAAUACCAAAUGCACAUUAAAACUAAAUUACAAAAACUCUCAUAUGCCAAAUUACAGACAUCAGCGAACUCUGAAUGCAGCCGGGAGCAAGACAAAGUGAAUGAAGAAGAAGAAGAAGAACAAGCAGCAGCAGAAAAAGCACAGACUCAACAGUCGCAACAGUCACAUCAGCAAACAGCCAGCGGCAAUAGCAGCGACAUUAAAUUGAACACGGACAAUGCUGUCGCAGUGCAGUCGUCCGCAACGAAUGACGACGAGGACACAGCUGCUGCUACUACUGCGGCGGCCAAAAUACAAACGAAAUCCAAGGACACGCUGGCGGCCAACAGCGAGAGCGUCAAAAUUGAACGAACGAAAAGCGCAACAACGAACAAUAAAAGCAACAACGAUACGACAGCGACUGGCGACAUUACCACUGCGGCAGGCAAAUGUGCACCAAAUGCAGAAGCUGUAGCUGAAGUAGAGACCGAAAUACGAGCAGUGGCAAAUGUUGCUGCUGUCACUGUUGCUGGUGCCGUUGCUACUGCAACUGGAGCAACAGGGUACUCGGCGAUGGCAUUGAACCUGGUCGUUGAUGAUGACAACGAAGCUGCUCUGGCUAAUGUCGCUGCUGCUCCAACACUGCAAGUGAGCGCCAAGCAUAAAGAUGUGGGUGGCAGCGGUCAUACGACGAGACGAGAGAAAAAGCGACGCAGCGCCAAUAGCAGCAGCAGUCGCGAAUCGUCUGGUAGGCAACAGAAGGCCAUAGCUACAAAUCCAGCAAUGACUAUUAGUUGUGAUACAUGUUGCCAAAUGGAAUGUGAGCAAUAUCAGCAGCAACAACAACAAUCUGUGUAUACGCCAACGAGCCGCCGUCAUGAGUCGCGUUCCGAAACGCGUACCAAAACAAGCAAAGCUGAAAGAGCGAACAAAAUAAAAGAUGAAAAACGUAGAGAGAGUCAAGGCACAACAACAAAGGCUAGUCGUACGUCAGAGCGUAUGGAGCAAGCAACAAUUGCGACACCAACAACAACAGCAGCACGAGCAAUUGGCAAACUAGUUGGCAAAGAGCAAGCAGACUCGACGCCGCCAACAAUGUCGUCGACGACGUGCGCAACCGCAAUGAGAGUAGCAUCAGCACCGGCAUCAGCAGCAGCAGCAUCUGCCACAGCUAAAGACACUGUUACACAACAGAGUGAUGUAGAUGAAACAAUAACAACAACAAUGACUACGGGUAGUCAACAAAAAGCAAUAAUAAAACAAAUUGGCGGGCAGAAUGAAAGAAAAUUGGAGAAUAACGGCAAUGUUAUCGACUCGUCGCCACAACAUGCAUUGGCAGAUGUUGCCAACAGUGCUGAUGUUAAAGAACCGAGCUUAGAGCCUGAAAUAACGACUGUGGCGACGGCUGAGACAGUAAAUGUUAUUGAAGUAGCAACACAAAAUGCAACAAUCAUUAUAACGCCAGCUGAACCAACAACAGCAACAACAACUAAAGAAGUAGCCAACGCAGAAUUAACAGUCACAAGCAACAUAACAGCAGCUUCUGUUGUGCCAACAGUGCACGCUAAACUGUUAACAGAUUCACCACUAACAGCAAUGCCAACGCCAGCAGUGACGUCAACAGUUACUGCUUCUGCAACGCCAACUGCAUUAACAACAGCAACAGCUCCAACAGCGCCAACAACGACUACGCCAACAGCCAGUGCGGCCAACUCGAGGGUCAGUUGUAUUUCGGAUAUCGCAGGUGUCACUACGCCUUCGUACAGUUCGACAAAUCUACCCACGAUAACCACAACAGCACAAUCAUCACUAGACUCCGAUCAACCAACACUAUUCAAAGCGACAAGAGAGCAAGUAAAGCGUCCACCACUCUACCGGCAGGACUAUUCGACCUGUGUGGACUCGAGUGAAGCGCAGUCAGACGAUAGUCAUCUAACACGCGACUCUAUAACACGGGAAUCACAAAACGACGAGCUCUCCUCUUCAACACUCGAUAAACUCGACGUCUCGACACUACCGCUACCCGCACUACCUCCGAAGAAACGUCGCACGCGUUUGCGUGCCAGUCCAUCGCGACACCACAGUGGCGUUGGCGGCGGUAGCAGUAGUCGUCGUGGAUACGAGCAUGAUUUGGCUGUUGUUACAGUCAGCGACGAACAGCGACACGGUCGCCAUACUGCAUCUCCGCUAACUUUGAAAGUUGCUGGUGCUGGUGGUGGGCCAGGUAGUCCCAGUGCUGGUGGAAGUGGCAGUGGUGGUAGUUGUGGUGAAGCCACACCACAUCUCUCAGCUUUUCAGCAGUACGUGGCAAAACGUCGUGAAAGUCUUGAGGCGUCCACACGGAGUUUCAACGAAAAACUGGAAGCGCGUAGAAUGCAUUACCACAUGGGUGGUGGUGGAGGUUGCGAAAGCGCUUUGACUGGUGGCGGCGGCGGUAGCACGGUGGCGGGCGUACCAGUAGCCGGAGCUCCGGGACACAUGCCUACCUAUCUCUUCGGUGAACAUUAUUACGGUGUGCCCACUAAGGUAACGGGCGCACCACGCAAGUCGACGCAUGGCAAUAAGGAGGAGAUCUUUCUUAACAAAUCCGGUUGGGUGCAGGUGAAUACGAAGCGGAAUAGCGAUGAGAAUCGAGCUGGUAGCGCUAGUGGAGGCAGCUACCGCAGUGCAAGUUUUGCCCAUCAAAAUGGCGGUAGCGUUGAUGGCGAGCGUGAACGUGAUACCCGACGCACCGUACGGGUCAUACAAAUUGAUAAUACGCGACGUUCGGAUCGUGCACGACAAGCGCUACAACAAAACCAUCAGUACUCGCUUGACCCCGCCUUCGGUAUGGGCAAGUAUCCGGCGAGUAAGGUGGAAGAGUUGAUACAGCGUAAUCAAGCGCGACUUGGAAAUGCGGGUGGUCCUGUGCUUGUAGCAACACGCAAUAACGCAUUGCGUCCCGGUUAUCGAAUCGUCGAUCCCCAAUUGGCUAGCAUACUCAAUGAGCGUCCCGGUUUUCUGCCUGUGCGGAAUUUACACGACGGCGACUCACCACCGCCCAUCACACCCAUACUCUCGCCACCACCUGCCUUUCAAGACAACAGCAGCAAAUCGAAAUAUAUUGAUCGACGCAAAACCAUACCCAUACGACAACAUCAAUCAGCGCUGACCGCGAACAAUCUGCAUGUGGCAAAUGUUAGUAAUGGCAGCGCCGGCAAGGGUAUGGUAUUCUCGCGUAGCUUCGAGUAUGAUAUGCGUCGCAAUCAGCCAGCCGAUGCUUAUGUCGAGACAUUUUCGCGGAGUUUUGAUGGCAACCUCUCCGAGCGACCGCCAGUUCCACUGCAACGCGAGCGCUCACCGAAUUUCAGCACCUUAACCGGCAAUUCACCAAAUUAUCUAACGAAGAAGGACUCAGGUGGCGGCAGCAGUGGCAGUCUACGCAGUCGUGAUAAUUCACCCAAAUAUCAGCAGCCACAAACCACUGCCUAUUUGAAUGCUUCAAUCAAAGAAGCGCCGCCCGCUUACAGUUGUGCCAGUGCGAAUCCACAGGCCACGGCGAGUAGCCGGUAUUCGCCACGCUCACGGCAUGAACGCUCUUUCGAGCGUUCGAAGAGUCAUAAUGUCUUGGUGCGUUCACGUAAAUCACAAUUCAAUCGUGGUGCUAGCGGUGGUCCUACCGUGGGCAGUCAACAGCAGCAGCCGAUGAUUAGCGUCGGCAUGUCAAGGUUUCGCAGCUUCGAUACAGCGGCGAGUCAACGUCUAAAUUCCUGCGACAGUGGCGCGCGAUCAGAUCUCUCCAACGAUGAAUUAGAUUGCGACGACGACGAGGGCUCCAAUGAGUUUCUCACCGCCAACUAUCACCACAGUAUAUCACCGUUGAAGACGCAAAGGCAACGUUCUAUAACACCCGAUCGUAACGAAUCGCACAGCUCAUCGAGUAGUUUACGAAAACAACGAUCUAUAACACCCGAAUCCCGUUCACUCACACCAGAGGAUCGACGAAGGAAAGGCGGUUCGCAGGCUUCGCUCAUAGGAUCGCGGCAAAAUUCCAGUUCACGCAGUAAUACCUUGGAACGCAAGCAGCGUUUGACUGAAGGACAACCCACGACAAAUAUUUCACGUAGCAGCUCAUCGAGCUCCAGCUACAGUGGUGGAGUUGAGCAACAUGACGGUGGUGGAGUGGCUGUUGUGGCCAGCGGUAAUACGACAGGCAUGCCAACUACUGCGUUGGUGGGUGGCACUAUGGUAAAUGCCAGUGCAACUGGUGGAGUUGCUGGCGUGGUCACUAUGCCUGGAAGCGGUGGACGCGGGCAGCACCGACGUUCACUUGGACGGAAUGCUAAGCAAGUGGAUGAACAUCGCAUACGACGAUCGAGAUCACUCCAGCUUACCGAACGUUCACCGAACCGCUCGCACAAGGUUAUCGUAUCCAUGGGACAAUCGCAAGGCGCCCCAACGCCAACCUACCACACAACAAUUGCGCAGCCAAUUUACCAACAAACUGGUGUGCGCGUGAGUAACGGUAAUGUAAUGCCAGCAAGACCACCCAUACGCACCAGCAGCAAAUCUCAGUCACUGCUGGUGAGCGGCAGCAGCAGCAAUGCGAACUCCGGUCGUACACGCAGUAAUGAUAUUGACAAAAGUCGCUCCUUUGACUUUGAUUACUGCAAUUACAACACACAGGUGGCGCUGAAAGGCCACAGCCACCUGAGCGCUGGUACGAGUGUCGCCAGCAGCGGUAACAAUCAGAUUGUGCCUAUGCGCUUGGAUUUCGAUAAGAGCCGCUCAUUCGACGAAGAUUACCGCGAGCCACUAAAUAGUGUCAGUAAUAAUUUGGCCACUAAAAAUGGUGGUAUGCGUUAUCUGCAGGCCAUUGUCGAUGCUGGUGGCGCGGCCAACAACAAUCGCAGUGGUCGUCUAAGACGUUCAUCGCCCGUCGGCAGUGGCGAUCGUAGUUCACGUUCACCACAAUCUUCUGGUUCAUCAUGUAAUAACCUGAAUCUGCCACGUCAAUCGACAAGUCCACAAAACUAUGGCACGCGUCUCUGUGAUCACGAACUCACCUACGAUAUGUUGCGUCGAUCACUCGAUCGUUCACCGAUUAUGGACUUUCGUCGCGGCGAUAGUGGUGAAUAUGAUUUACCGCCAGCGCUGCUGCGUAAUCGUGAAACGAUCAAUAGUGGUGGCAAUAGCGAAUUGAAUUUCUUCAAUAAUGAUACCACGACAUAUCACAUCUACGAGCAGCCACCAACGAGUAAAGUGCCAACGAACGCGGCGGGUAGUUCGUUAAAGCAACAACGUUCACUCGGUCACACACACAGUCCGAGCGAGUCGCAGUACUCACUAGAGCGUACACAUUGCAACGCUACGGGACGUGAGACUCAAUUGACGCCAGAGGGCGCCAGUGGUGGUGGGGAUUACCGCAACGAGCACAUCUAUCGACACCCGCAUACACGGGAAUCAUCGCGAGAUGGCACAGCACGCGGCAGCGGCAGCAGUCGCAACAGUCUAAAGUUGACCACAACAAAAUCAACAACUACGCCUCCAACUAAAUCGAUUUUAAAAAAUACAACAACAUUGAAAAGCAAUAAAACCCCAUUAAAACGUCAAGAAGCUCUGUUGAAAUCACAAACUACCUGUUCAUUUUGGCCACACUGCGGCGCUUGUAAUGCCAACACAAUGCCACGCCCAAACAGCAAAAUCGACUCCAAACGUCAAAUGUCACUACAAGAACAACAACAAUUUGCAUUGAAUUGUCAACGUAGAGCAGAAGCAGGUGAAAUGGCACUGAGGCGCUAUCAUUCUGAGCGCGCGCCUAGCGGCUGCGAAGAGUAUGAUGCUCUCACGCCACGAAUAGAACACUCAUCAUAUCCAGUGCCGUCACACAAUACCAAUAUUUCCACUGUCAGUGUCAAUUCUAAUUUUAAUGCACCAACGCAUAAAACACAAAGUAUCAGCAAAUGCCGCGGCAGUGGUGCGAAAGUCACAAAAAAUAACGGUACAAUGACAGGUGUCACUCGUAGCAAAACACAAUGGACACUUUUAUGCAGCGGUGCCUCACUUAUGGACUGUAUUGAAGACUCCACUCGUGCCAAAGCAACGACCAAGUUGACCACAGCCAAUAAAACGAAGGGGAGAGCAAUCAAUGAGAACGCUUACGUAGCCGCCGCUAGCAAUAAUGACACAUUGACAGCCACCAAAGCAACGUCGAUUGCUGCCAAAUCAUCUAGUUUACCGUUAACUGGCGCUUCAUCGAUAUUUUUAGGUGAAUGCGAAAUGCCAAUAACACGCGAAUAUGGCACGAGCAAGAGGUACAAUCGCGAAAGCCUCGAACGAGAGCGGGAACGCAGCCGAGACCGUAACCGCGAGCGUGAAUUGGAAUGGGAACGUCAGUGCGCGCUCGAUUACUAUCGACAACCAGUCAUUUACCGGGAAAUUAGCGGCGUCGAUGACAACCGAACGAUAAAUGAAAUACAAAACAACGAAAAUUACGACGUUAAUGUUUACAAUGAGCGAUACAAUUUCAAUUACGCACAACAGCCCUCGGCUGGGGAGUACGCCAGCAGUCGCAACAAUGGCAACAACAACAAUAACUGGACGGCAAAUAGUACAAGCCGAAGUAGCAUAUAUAACCGUAUACCCGCAGCUGCAGCUGCAGCAGUAAAAGUAAUAGUACCAAAAGCAACAACAACAACAACAACAAAAACCGCAACAUCAACACCAGUAUUUACCACGAGCAAACAUGCAAAACCAUUGCCAACAACAAGAGCAACAAGAGCAACAACAACAAGAACUAACACCAUUGUAAUAUAUCGUAGUGGCGGUGGCUGUGGCGGCAGCAUGCCAUAUAUGAGUGCACGCUUUUGGCGCAGCAACUCAUUGCCGAAUAUGUGGUUGUCGAGUAAUCAGAGUGUACCCAGAGCCACAAAUCCCACAAAUGCUUCGCCUGCAGUUAAUGAUGUGAAAAGCAGUUUUUCGCCGAAUUUGACUCAUCAAAUGCGCUCCAUCUCUAGUCCAUCGCUCACCGACGCCUUACAGGCGGAGGCAGUCAACGACACUUCCGCUGGUAAUGCUAGCACUAAAACGAUACUAAAGGACUUCCAAGCGAACUCAACAGAUUCUUGUGCAUCCGGUGAGUCGACGCCAACAAUGGUCACGGCCACAGCAAAUAGUAAUAAUGCCAGCAACAGCAACAGCAACAGCAACAACAACAGCAGUAAUAGUGCUCGCCCCAUGGUGGGUGGCAGUGGAGUUGGUCUGCCGACUAGUCAAAGUGUUGGUGUAUUGCAGAAAUUCAAACGCACCCUCACCAAUUUCAAUAAACCAGCUGCGCAGCAGCAGCAACAGCAGCAGCAGCAGCAACAACAACACAUUGUAAACAGCAGCAGCACACAAACGAUUGCAUUGAGUAAUUCAGCGACCACAACUCUACCCGUUAGUGGCAGCGUUGGUGGUAUCAAUGCGUUGGCAAAUGAGAAUCAAACAGAUGUCGCUGCGGAAAGUACAACGGGUAAAUAUCGCUUUGGUCCACUUAUUUGGCGUUCAUCGAAGGAGCGGCGCAAGACGAAAUGCAAUCGGAGGGAUAAAUGUAAUAGCGGUGAUUCGGGUAUACAAAUCGAGUUGGACAAUGAUGAGCCAUACUCGCGCAUCGCCAUUGCCGUGGCGAAUGGUGCGGCGAGUACGAGUGCGGCAGCGGUGACUAGACGGAUCGGAUCCACGGAACGACGUAAUGCAAAUGAGAAGGUCACUUUUAAAAUGCGCUCAGUGCGGCGCACAAACUCAGCCAAAGCCACCAGCAUCACAGAGCAAUCCGCCACAGCAGCAAUUAAUGCCAAAGGAAAAAUACUCAAACGCAUGGAAAUCUAUGGUGGUAGCAUGGAACGCAUGGCGCCAGAGUCCCUUCCGGCGCGCUCCCUCAGUCAACCGAACGGACUGGAUACUUGCGGUAUUGGCCGAGCUGGCGAUAUGGACGAGAGUGAUAGUGAUAGUGUGACGUCGCACGAAGAAGCGUCCAACUAUUAUCCGAUUUAUGCAGAAGUAUUGUAUAGCUUCACCGCGGCCGGUCCACAAGAGCUCGGCCUCGAACGUGGCACACUAAUCGAAAUUCUACGCAAAGAGGUCGGUCCCUGGUGGUUUGGACGCAUACGUAAAGAGGAGAAUAACACGCUAGUCGAAGAGAUACUUGACCCUGAACUCGGUUGGUUCCCCAAGGAAUUCGUACGCAUCAUACAAUGUCCAAAGACAGAUGCGUUUUUCCUUUCACAAAUGUCUGCGACUUACGCCACAACAGCGGAGACGGACGCAAAGCGUUGCAGCUUUAGGAAGCUCUUAAAGGCAGAUGAAGUAAAUACAACACUUACUGAGAAUACGACAAAAGCUGAAGACUCAACCACAUCGCUGCAAAUGACCGACAGCGCGGCUGACACAACAACAGUUGUUUGCGAUCUCGAUGCCACGAUUGUGGAUGAGAAUAAUGUUACGACAAUUGUGAUUGAGUCGCCUUCGUAUGCGAGUCUCGCCAAUAAUGCGCCCGGCAACAGUAGCUCUUCGAGCGGUGGUGGUGGUGGUGGUGGCGGUGUUGCGGCGGAUACGUCCAAUGCGACAAAUGCGCUUGCACCGUCGCGCAGCAUCAAUGUGAUACUGGACAGUGCGGAUAUGUUGCGUCGCAGCGCGGUCAAGGAGCUGCUCGACACCGAGGUGAACUAUGUCAAACUGCUGGCCGCUAUUUGCGAGGGCUAUCUGCCUGCGAUGAGCAAACGUAUUGAUAUCUUCUCGCCGAAUAGUAUACGUUUGAUUUUCUCGAAUAUCACAGCGAUUUAUAAGUUUCAACGUAAAUUUCUAGAGGCUCUCCGCAAGGGUAUCGAACAGAAUCAGGUCGCAAAGGUGUUUUUGAAAAUGCAUAAGGGUUUCCUCUGCUACUCAACAUAUUGCAAUGCGUAUCCACGUGCGCUUAUUGAGUUAGAGACAUAUGACCGCAUCAAGGAUGCCAGAACCAUUUUAGACAACUGUCGCGAAUCCGAAAAUCUCGCUGAACUUCCACUCUCCGCUCACCUCUUGGCGCCCGUACAACGCAUUUGCCGCUAUCCCUUGCAUCUCAGCGAAAUACUCAAAGGCGCAGUGAAGUGUGAGGAGACGUCUGAACAUGACUUGGCACAUUACGAGCAAAUUGAUGUCAGUCAAUUAGAUAUACCCGACACACAUGACAAAAUCGACUUAGCAUUGGAGGCAAUGCGUGGCAUCACGGAAGCGGUCAAUGAAGGUAAACGACACAGCGAAACAAUUGCACGCCAUCAAGCGAGCUUUCAGAAUUUCAAAGGACCACCACUGCAUUUGCACAGCACGCGCUUCUUCCUACAAAUCGAUGCAACACGUCAAAAGCAGAAUCUCUGGAACACCAGCUGUACGCUUUUCCUCUUCGACAACCAGCUGAUCUACUGCAAGCGCGAUAUCAUCAAACGCAGUCAUUUCAUCUACAAAGGACGCAUCUUUCUCGACCGCUGUCGUGUGGUGAAUGUGCGCGAUGGCAAAAUGUUCGGACAUAAUAUACGCAAUUCGUUGCGCAUCUACUGUGAGGCGCGCGACAAGUGGUAUGAUUUCAGUUUUCGCUCCGCCAAUCGCAAGCAUCGCUUUCUCAGCACCUUGGCUUUGGAGCGACAAUUUGGCGGUAAAGCGUUCUACGUCUCGGAAAUGACCGGCUUUGAGUAUGCCUACGAUGAACGCGAUUACUCGGAUCAAUCGGACUAUGAGCUGCCCGACUGUGAGAAUAGUAAUAGUAGUAAUAGUGGUGCUGGCGUUGGUGGUCUCUCCGGCUCUACCCGCCAUUGGUCGAUGGCCGAUGUGAGCACAGCGAAUGCCGGCGCCAGCGUGACAACAAGUGGCGAAAGCUCACCUGUCAAAUAUAAUUACAGCAGCGAUACGCUGCCGAAGAAAUCACAAACACGCGACACCUCUGGCGCCAGUGGUCAUGUUAGCGAAUGCCAAACCGGUUCGCUCGGUCGGCGGCGACUCGGUAAUUGGUUCCGCAAACCGAAGAGUAGUCACUCGACACCAAAUCACUCGCCGACACAUAAGGCCAACGAGCUAACGGCCGGUUUGGUGGGCGGCAGUGAGAAUAAUAUUUCAAUUAAUUUGAGUGGUGGAAAUUAUAUUUCCUCCGGCUCUUCGGCGUAAGGAACUUUUUGAAUGUAUGCACGAAAAUAUACACUUGUAUGUAUAUGCGUAUACUAAAUUAAAAAAAAAAUGAGUGUAAUUUGGGCUCAACAUGAAAAUGAAUCUCCGUAAAAGUUGGUAAAUUCAAAAACGAUUUUGUACACAAAAAAUGUAUAAAUCAAAAUGCCAAGCAAACGAAAAUUGUCAACCCACUGAGCAACACUGCGCUCACUCUAACAGUCAAUUAUGAAUGCAUAUGCAGGUGAUUGCUUCGUUUUAUUACAAA